CGCUUCAACACAGAAAACAAAGAACACACAAAACCCUAAACCCUGAAAACUUCGAAAUCAACAAACAGGAGUUUCCUGUUCAUACAGAGAAGAAACCCCCACCCGUUUUCGUUUCCGGGUCAAAUUUUUACUCACACUCGUGUGCGGGUUCAACAAUCCAGUAGCCAAAACGGGUCUGCCAGUGUGGAUGUUGGGGUUGGCUGCCGAUCGGUUGCGAGCGGACAUGAACCGUCUGCUCGCAUUCCUCUUCCACCAGGGGAUACUCGACGAGCAAUUCUUGCAACUCCAACAGCUUCAAGACGAAUCCUCGCCGAAUUUCGUAUCGGAAGUCGUCAACAUCUACUUCCAUGAAUCGGAGAAGCUUCUGAGGAACCUCAGAUCGUUGCUGAUGGACAGAGAGUUCUCGGAUUAUAAUAAAAUAGGAAUCCAUUUGAAUCAGUUCAUGGGAAGCAGCUCGAGCAUUGGUGCCAAAAGGAUAAGAAAUGUCUGCGUCGCCUUUCGAGCCGCUUCCGAGCAGAACAAUCGUGCCGGGUGUCUGAGAGCAUUGGAGCUGCUAGAACAUGAGUAUUGUUUCCUCAGGAACAAAUUGCAUGAACUUUUCCAGAUACAGCAGCAAAGAGUACUAGCAGCUGGAGUAAGAUACCCAAUGCAGAACUAAAGCCAAGGGAUUUAAUGCCAUAACAUGGUGGGGGGGGGGGGAGACUUUCAUGGGAACCUUCCUUGAUUUAAAAUUUUUGCUAAAAUCCAAGCAAACCACAAAGCAGGAUUGUGUACUAUUUGGAGAUGGAAAUGGUUAAAAAAAGAGAAUGGGUUUCCUUGUUUGCCACUACCAAAUUUGUGACAUUAACGUAGA